GGCGUGUGUUUAUAACGUCUGGGAAUUUUAACUUGUGCUUUUUUCUUUCGAAGUGCACCAAUACUUCUGUUACUGGUACCCGAAUGGUUAAUAUGCACAGGGAGGGGAACAUUUAUAACUUUAAUUAGCAGUCUAACUCGCGGUUACGGAGAAAUUUCCAGUGCGACAGGAUUUGGACAUCAUUUUAUCUUUAGAUAACCCAAAACAAGUUUCAACAUGUCAACUACGAAAACUGGACUUCGGGUUCACCAAAAACGGUCAGAAAACAAGGAAAACAUGCCACAGUCAAGUAAAAUCCCAGUGGCCAGUAGUGUAAAGAAGAAGAAGAGUGUGAAGCUGACCAAGGCCCGACCAGUACCUGACUUCGGCAAAUUACACCAACAGUGGCAGGGAAAACUGGAGAGAGGGAAAGCUCUCACCAAGAAACCUUGCACUGUGGCACAUGAAUUCGAUAUAACGAAAUCAGGAACCAAAAUGAAGAGAGCAAAGUCCAAAACGGAGCUUAAUGGUGAUCUUGACCUUAACGUUGACCUCAACCUUGCUGAUGACCUUAAUCCAGACAUUGACUACGGGAGUGACCUUGACUUUGCUGUGGACCAAGCUGCUUUAAAUAGCAUCGUUACCAGUAAGGGUGUUGGCCAGGUGACAGGGAGAGCCACCAUUGCAGCAACCCACAGUACAAAACCAAGCAGUAGUAAGAGGCAGAUAUUCAAGGAAUUGCCACCAGAUGGCAGGCAGCUGGGUGACCAAGACAAGACCAGGAAGAGGAAAGGGUCCUCCUUGGCUGAUCUUCAACAAGAAGAAGGUAUCGACUUUGAAGUGGACAGUGCAGCUCUCCAGAGUAUAGUGACCAACCAGGGCUUGAGCCGGGAGGAUGUCUUCAGGGGUCAGCCAGGGGUGUGUUCAUCAAUCCAGAGACAGACCCUGGCAGGACCGGCCUCCUUCAAGACCCCUGUCAGUGCAGCUCCUAGGACGCUGAAUCUUAUGUCGGCUCGCCCUUCCAUUUACUACCAGAAAAGUCCAUUUGAGAGCAAAGCAAGGAUGUUCAGAGCCCACAGCGAGUUUCAAAAGCGUACCCUGUCUAAGGUGUCUGCCAGCACCCCAGCAGCAACACCUUGUGUCAACAGAGAGACACCAGUGAAAGAGAGCAAUGGACAGUCUCCACUAGGAACAGGAAUCAGAGUUGUGCGAAGGCCAGAUAGUAUAUAUGUCAGGACAGUGAGCACCAGGAAAGGCCCCUGUGGUGACCUUGACCUUGGUCCCACUGGAACCGCUCCCACACCGAGCGCUGCACUGGGCCCACCAAAACGAGUUCCUGUGCCCCAGUCUCCAUCAGCAUGCAGAGUUCCAAGGGGGACGACACCCAAGAGCAAGGUCAAGGGUGGGUCAAGGUCAGAUGUCACCUGGGCUGAUCUUCUCAGUCCUGCUAGUGCUGAAAAUCAACAAAACCAAGAGGAAAGUUGUCAGAAGAAGGAUUGCCUUGCCAUGACCUUGUUUAGAGAUGAUGAUACCAACUACCAGACACCCCAUUGUGUCCCCCUUGGAGUCCUAGAGGAAUCCCCAACAUGUACUUCUGAAGGUGGCUCCCCCUUGGGUGUAGAAGAUACGGAAGGCCAUAGACAGAGAUUAGAGGAGAUCAGAGAGAUGGAACGCCUCCUGGAGCUGGAGAUAGCAGCCAUGGAGACCACUGACACUGAGCCAGUGAAAAUCCCCAAGAACCCUCUAGUAGCAAAUAACUCAUCAGUACUACAGGAGAGACCUCUGGUGACAGAAUCAGUGGCAAAGGCUAAGAGCCCUUCAGUGUCAGAAUCAGUUGAACUUCAAAAUAGUCCUUCGGUGAUAAGAAACGUUAUUUCGAAGGAAUGUCCUGUAUUUGAAAGUAGUGAAAUGGGGAAAUUCAAACCUGUACAGACGGAAACAAAAACCCUUUUUAAGCAGCAACACCAACAACAAAAUAUGGCACUACUUGAUACAGGGCACAAAUACGCUGUAACAUUAAGUGCUGAUAUUCAGCAGAGUGAUGUUUUUGUGAGACCACAGCUUUCCAGUUUAGCAGAAAGGUGGCAGCAGCAGGGUGCUGUGUCUAAUAAUCACUCCUGUCAGCCAGGAGCCGUUGGAAGUACACAACAGCCAGGACAGGCAUCAGUAUACCAACCUCAGUUUUUGUACUCAGAUCAACCAGCCAAGCAACCCUGUGAUUCCAAAAUGGCCAUGGGCAUCCCCUGUGAAGAAACGGUGUCAAAUACCCAGGGAAGUGGCAUGUAUGGGUCACAUGGUGGUCACUUGGCUCUGGAUGACCUAAAUCAGAGCAUCAGAGACUCUGAAGAGCAGUUUGAGGAAUUGGAGACCUGUGCCCGGAUGUUGCAGCAGUCAGCUAGGCAGAGUGGAACUGGAGGUGGGAGCAAGAGUGCCAAGUACAUAUGGAAGCAGUUAGAGAUGGUGAAGAAACAACAGGAAGAGUUGCUCAAGUUCCAACAGCAGUUACAGCACAUGCUAGCAGUGCAACAGCAUCAGCAGUCACAACAGCUACAGUUGUCAACAGCCAGUCAACAAUUGCCAAUACCAGGUCAACACCCCACAACACAGCAACAGCAACAAUAUUUUGAACAAUUACCAAGACUUAAUCAGCAAAUUUCAGGGCAGCCACAACAAGGGGUUAUAACUUUACAAUAUCAACAAAGACAAUUUCCCCAACAUGGUUCACAGCAGCAGAUGCAACAUCAGUCUCUUCUGCAACAAAGUCAACAUCAGCAACAACAGUCAACAGUGCAUCAACAUCAGCAGCCAUCAUCCACAAAUCUUCAGUCAGUACAUCAUAACUUUAUGUAUAGCCAAGAGCAGCAAAAGGUGGGUCGGACUCAUACCCAACAGUAUCCAUUCCAGCCAUCAGUAGAUGAAAAUCAGUGCUUCAUUCAACAUAAUGAAAAGCAAAUUGCUUCUCAGGUGUUAGCCACUGGUGGGGAUGCAGCAAAGACUGCCCAUGUGGAGUUGAAUCCUGGUGAAUUGACUGUUGGGCAAAGACCGCUCAUACAGACAGCAAACAGUGCUUUUACUGGACUAGAUUUGAUGAAUAAUUUGCUCCACAGUACCUUGCACUACACAGUCAACAGUACCCUCACAGACAGAUAG